AUGCCCGUCGCGGCGGCGAAGCGUCGGGGCAUCGCGCCCCUUUCGGCGGCCGCAUCGUCCGAGGCUGCGCACCUCGCGCGCGGCGGUGGUGACGAUGCGUCUCCCUCCGACGCCGACGCCGCCGCCGCCGCCGCUCGUCCCCGCAACGCGGACGCCUCGAACGCGCGAUGCUCCGUCGUGGUUCUCGACGGCGCUAACCUGGCGUGGACGUACAGCGCCUCCCUCUUCGCCAAGCUGGGCUGCCGCACCAGGCUGCCCCUGUCCCGCGGGGUGGUGCUCGCGAUGGAGUCGGAGGUUUGGAGGGAGCGAGGGGUGACGCCCGUGGCGUUCAUGCCCGCGUCGUACGUGGAGGGACCCCUGCACGGCCUCGCGGACGGCGGUGACCUGGACACCCUCGUCCCGGGCAACGUGCAGUACCUGGGCGACAGCAGGUGGAGGAACACGGUGCUGUGGGAGAUGGCGCGACGGGGCGCGUUGCGGACGGUGGACCGACCGGCGGGGGCGAGAGACUCGGACGAUAAAUCGAUCAUCGCGUACGCCAGGGAGGUGAACGGGAUGAUAUGCAGCAACGACAGGUACGAGGACCACUGCGUGGGAGCGCCGGGGGGCGGGGGUAAGGACCUGCGCCGGUGGCUGCGGCGUAACAGGCGCGGGUACGAGUUCCGGGUGGGAUCGCCGAUGGACGCAUCCUUCGCGGCGGGCCGGGCGCCCAUUAUAGAGGUUCCGCCCGUGGGAUGCGCGCACCUCCCACCCCCGCCGCCGGAACCCGAGCAGGGGGCGGGGGGAGGGGACGAUGGUGGGACGAACGGCGACGGUUUCGUCGAAGGGAGCGUCAGUGGCGGGUGGAGGGCGGAGGUUCACGCGGUUGGGAGCAGCAGGCCGUGGGGGAUCGGUCAGCGGUGGGGACGGGACGGCGGGAGGCGUGGGAAGCGGCGGCGGCGGGGUGUGGGGGGAGGCGCGAGGAGGGAGCGAUCGGCGUCGGACUCGGAGCCGGACUUUCCGUUCUGGGCGUUGCCGGACGAUCACCUCCCGGUCGAGUUUGCGCUGAAGAAGAGCCUCGACGGAGUCGGUGGGUGA